CAGAGCGGGGGUUUUGCCGUGCGGGGUCACCGUGGAGCGGCGGCUCCAGCCCGGUCUGCGCGCCCCGGCGGGACCGGGGGCUCCGGACCGUCCUCACCGGCAGCACCGGGGGAAGCACCGAGUACGUCCCCGUCCCAGGUAAGGUGGGAGGGAACGGCUCGUGUUCAUCUGCCCGCCUGGGGCCGGUCCCCCGCCGGAUGCUGCCAUGUAUCCCAGGAUUAAAAGCCUGGCGCUUUACACCUUCUCAAUCACGCUGCUGGCCUGCGUGUUUUACAUGAAGAAGGAGGCGAAGUUGGCAGCAUCAUCAGCAGAGCAGAAAGUGGAUGUGGUGGAUCACAGAGUGCAGCCUUCGGUUCUGGACAGCGCUGAGCACAGCAAGUGUUUGCCGAACUUGACCUUUGCCAAUUCUUCUCUCGCCCUCCCGGAGCCUCACCGAGUCUUCCUAACCUACAAGCACUGCAGGAACUUCUCGGUGCUGCUGAGGCCUUCCAGGUGUAGCAAAGAGAUGUUCCUGCUGCUGGCCAUCAAGUCUUCCCCCAUCAACGUGGACCGGCGCGUGGCCAUCAGGAACACGUGGGGGAAGGAGGCGUCCAUCGGGGGCAGGCACAUCAGGCUGGUGUUCCUCCUGGGGCGCUCCGAGGCCAAAAUCCACCUGCAGCCCCUGCACCAGCUGCUGGCUUACGAGAGCCAGGAGUUUGAUGACAUCCUGCAGUGGGAUUUUGUUGACGACUUCUUCAACCUGACCCUCAAGGAGCUGCAUUUCCUCCGCUGGUUCACGGAGGAUUGCCAGCACGCCAGGUUCGUGCUGAAGGGCGACGAUGACGUGUUUGUCAACACUUACAACAUCGUGGAGUUCCUCCAGGAGCUGGACCCUGAACAGGAUCUCUUUGUUGGGGACGUGAUCGCCAACGCCCGGCCCAUCAGGAACACCAAGGUCAAAUAUUUCAUUCCAGAGGCCAUGUAUGGGGCCACCUUCUAUCCUCUCUAUGCAGGAGGAGGGGGAUAUGUGAUGUCCAGAGAGACAGUGCGUCGCCUCCAGAGCACCGCAGAGGACACGGAGCUCUUCCCCAUAGAUGAUGUGUUUGUGGGGAUGUGUCUGGCAAAGAUGUCAGUGACCCCAAAGAACCACGCUGGCUUUAAGACGUUUGGGAUCCAGAGACCUUUCAAUUCUUUUGAUCCGUGCUGGUACAAAGAGCUGAUGGUUGUGCACAGACUGAACCCAACGGAGAUGUGGAUCAUGUGGACACUGGUGAAGGAUGACAGCAUUAGGUGUGCAGUGUCGGUGACACACAGCUACAGCAGGGGCUGGAAAAGGAGCUACUGAUGAGCCUGGGGAUUGUGGCUGCUGACAGGGUACUAAACUAAAAAUCAGGUUGUGGUAGAAACGUGUCCGUUACUAACAGACUGCACUGGAGCUGUGGUUUGGUUUGCAGUGAGUCUUUUUCUGUUGGGGGUUACUUGAAGCAGUUGAAUUGUCACAGGGUGGGGGUGUGGUCAGUGGCUUCCCAGCCAGACUGUGCCAGGGGAAGUCACAAGUGCCACCUGCACUGCUGGCCAAAGUCAGUCUCAUGGCUAAGGAGUGACAGAGCAUUUGAAAUUUACUUGAAGGCAUGGAAGAAAGGCCAGUACGUCCUGCUGAGUCUGCUAUCCCAGCUCCUACCAGGCAGCAGGAGAAAGGGAGUGGAGUGGGGAAGGAAAAGCUUCAAAAAUACAUGGCCUUAACACAGCAGUGAUGAUAAUCUGGGGCACUGGGCUCAGCCUCCAGCCCUUUGGCUUUUGCAGAACUCACAAAGGUUUACAUGCACUGGAAACUUUAGCACAAACACUUUCUGAUCUGGUUUGAGAGGAGCCACAUGUUUUGAAUAAGCAUGGUGGUUGGAAGAGUGGCUGUAGCUUCCCAUGUUGUGUGGGAGGUGUUUGGUUUGUUGUU